AGCAUACACUCGUUCUAUUUUGGAAUUAAAAGUCUUCGACGGAACCACCUCCCGUGACCCUCAUCUGCUGCCGUCCUUAGGUCUAACGCAAAGGGGGAAAAAAUCGCUCCGAAUCAUAACAACAGGUCUCGUCCAUUACAUUUUUCAUCCUCUCCGGGAGCAUGGCCGCGGGUCCCCCGAAUGGUUCAGCCGCUGAACACACACGGACACGGAUCCGGAUCUCCCUGGGGCUACAGCGGCGAGCCAACUCCGCUGUAGACGCUGCAGAGCAGGGGCGGCUGCAUAUUUUAAUACGAAGCUUCCUCCAAAGCGCUUAACUAUUUUUUUUUUCUUCGGUCUAUUUUAAAGCUCGACACGCGGCGCGAUUCUUUGCACAACUUUUUUUCUACCCCUCCACUACUAUCAACGAUCAUUUUACGUGCGUAAAAUUGUGCGUAAUUCGAGCUUAUAGUCGGGGCUGCGCGCGUUGCGGUUGAAAAUGAAGAUAUCACUGCAUUAUUUAUGAUCGACAUAACUUUAUAAAUAUAUACGUCAAUAUGCACGCUCUUUCAUGUAGCCGCAGAAAGAAAUGAGGGCUGAGGGUGUAUCCUUUAACUUCAGCCUUUGUUUGCUGCCUCAACAUAAAAGGACACCGUAUAUCCGAAUAAACUUUUUAAUAGUUAUAUUCUAUAAUAACCUUUGCAUAACUAUUUUUCGCAAGCGCUGCCUCCAGCACAGAGCAUGCGCACUGGCUGCUCGCUGUCACUAAGACAUUUUUCAUCACGUUGGGAACUGUCACUGGUGACGUCAAUCACAGAGCUCUGACCAAUUAGAGCGCGGGGUGAUUGUUUGGCUCCACGGGCUGCAGCGCCUACCAUGAAUCUCUAUUCAGUAUCAAAGCGUCCUGCUGCUGCCUCUCAACCGAAUGGGAUUCCAUGUUGUCUGCAGAUAGACUUAACUUUAUAAAGUUUUUUUUUUUCUUUAUUUUUUUUUUUUUGCCAUUGCGAUUAAAAUAUAUUUGCCAUCAUCAUUAUUAUUUUGCCUGCUGUCAAGUUAUUCUAAAAUUAGGAAGUAAUGAGCGUGGAUGCUUUGGGAAGCCCCGUGAUGGACCCUGCGUUUUCCAAACGGAACACGGCGCUGAGAUUAGUUGACUUGGCAGGGGCUCACCACCAUCACCAUCAUCACCACCAUACCCCUCAGAGCGUGACAGGCUUCCCGGGGUUCGGCAGCCAUCCACACUCAAUGGCUCACUCGCACCCUGGGGAGAUUACUGCGGAACCCCGCCUGGGGCCGAGUCCAUUCGGGCCAGAACACAUGGGGCACUCCGCGGCCCUCAAAAUCAGCCCAGCCCAUCAUUAUCCCCACCACCAUCACCACCACCACAAUCAUCAUAUGGCAGGCCACAGUGAAGUGGUCUCCAGUCAAACGGGAGCUUUUGGCCCGGUUCAGCCGACGUCGGUCCCUUAUUCUAUGCCCCAUACUGCCCAGGCUCUAUCCGCAGGUAGGGAUUUCCUCAUCCGGAGAGAUCUGACGGCUCAAGCCAUGCCGGUACUGACCGACCAGACUGCUGGUCCAGCUUCUCACCACGGAAUGUUUGUCUCAACAACAGGUAGCUAUCCCGGACACUAUGGUCACCACCCUGACGCAGGGAACCACACCACCCUCUUCUCCGGACUCCACCACGAGCAGCCUUCCAGCGGAUCACCGGGUGGCCAGGCGCUGAAUGGACAAAUAAGGUUAGGACUACCUGGAGAAAUGUACGUUCGGUCUGAUCACUUGAGUCAAGUAGCAAGCUCCAGGGCUGAUCCCUUCUCCGCCUCGCCUCUGCACGGCUACGGCGGUCUGAAUCUAAACAUGAAUCUCGGCGCUCACCACCACCACCACCACCACCACCCGCACCAUCCCCACCACCACCACGGAGGACCGGGGGCUUUUUUCCGCUACAUGAGGCAGCCGAUAAAGCAAGAGCUGAUUUGCAAGUGGCUGGAGCCGGAGCACUCGCCCAAGAAACUCUGCUCUAAAACUUACAGCACCAUGCACGAACUCGUCACGCAUGUGACGGUGGAGCAUGUCGGAGGACCGGAGCAGGCGAACCACAUUUGCUUUUGGGAAGAGUGUCCGAGGGAAGGCAAGCCGUUUAAGGCGAAAUACAAACUGGUGAAUCACAUUCGAGUACACACCGGUGAGAAACCGUUUCCCUGCCCCUUCCCUGGCUGCGGUAAAGUGUUUGCAAGAUCCGAGAAUCUAAAAAUUCAUAAAAGGACACACACAGGCGAGAAACCCUUUAAGUGUGAAUUCGACGGCUGCGACCGACGCUUCGCCAACAGUAGCGACAGGAAGAAGCAUUCCCACGUGCACACCAGCGACAAGCCCUACAACUGCAAAGUUCGGGGCUGCGACAAGUCCUACACGCACCCCAGCUCCCUGCGGAAGCACAUGAAGGUGCACUGCAAGUCCCCCCCGCCCAGCUCGGGCUAUGAGUCGUCCACUCCCUCUCUGGUGUCCCCGUCUUCGGACUUGGGUCGGGAGCCAGCCGGGGGGCCGUCGAUGGUGUCAGAGCCGCCGGUGGGGUCAUCUCAGCAGCAGCAGCCAGCUAAUUUAAGCGAGUGGUACGUGUGCCACAGCUCAGGUGCUAGCGGUGGCCAGACACCACCCAGCGGCCACUCCACACCCGACCCUUCGGAGGAACCUGCUUACAGGAACCCCCAGCCAAGGGACGCGUUUUGAGUUCCUCCCCAGCACUCAUUUCCAAACACUCAACUUCUAAAAUGGUUUGGCUUUAGUGCCUGUAUACCUGUGAGGGCCCUCUGGGCCCUUCCCCCCCCACCCACACACCCCCAAUCCCUUGUUUUGUUGUGGAUAAGCCACCAAAACUGGUACUCAGAGCCAAGAGACUCACUUAACUGCAAUGGAUGGAAAAUGCGCAAUCCUUCCAGCUUUCAAGUAACAGGAGCAUAUAUUUUAUUAUUAUUAUUAUUAUUAUUAUUAUUAUUAUUAUUAUUAUUAUUAUUAUUAUUAUUAUUAUUAUUAUUAUUAUUAUUAUUAUUAUUAUUAUUAUUAUUUUGAAGUUUAUCCAAAACUGAUGGAUGGGUGCUUCCCCUGCGAGCUGUUCCACUUGUCGAGAGAGUCGUGUAAAUCUCAUUAGACUAUGUCGUACAUUAUUGUAGGCUGUAAACAUGAGGGUGUGCAACUUUUUUUUUUUUUUUUUUGUAAAAAAAACAACAACAAAAAAAAAAACAACAAAAGAAAAUCCUUUCUGCCUUCAGUAUGAUUUUUUAAUUUAUUUUUCAAUCGGACAUGGAGGUAUUUUUUAGGAUCGAACCAAAGUGCAUGUUUUCAAAACCGGAGCAGAGUUGUACAUUUGUAAAUUUUGUACAAGUUUCAAUGUGUUUGGAUGUUGACUAGAUUUGUAAGGAGCGGUUUACAUCUUUUUGUAUUAUUUUAUUUGCAAUGGAUUUGUGCAAAAAAAAAGGGAGAAAAACAACCCCCCGCCCCCAGCUGUUUCAUAAGCUUAAAGUAUUUCGUAUAUGACGUCAAUUAUAAAUGUUUUAUCAAAGUAAAAAAAAAAAAAAAAAAA